AAAUCUUAUUUUUAUUCGGAACGAGACUUCGACCGGUUUAAAACAUAAAAAUUAUACGUUAAAAAUUUUAAGUUACAUUAUGGCUUUGCAUAAAAUUGAUGGGGUUGCAAACAUUUCGAAACAAUUAAAUCGUUGGCGCAGUGUGGCUAUUUUCAUGUGUCGGCAAUCGAGGAAUGCUCACGUAGCUCAGCACCCUUUGACAACGGAUAAAGAAGUUCCUACCGAAACAACCAAAAAGGUGACUGAAUCUUUGGUGUGGUCGAAAAACUCUCCAGUGAGCCUGCUGGUGGAAAGCGGCCGAAAACCACAGCACAAUAGGACUCUCGAGUUGAAGAAGGCAGCUGCCCAGCUCAGUAGGAGCAAUGAGUCCCUCAAGGCGCACUACAUAAAGAAGCGAAACGAUCGCGUUGCGGAGGAACUAUUGGCCAAGGAGCCUCAGACGGCCCAAAAGCUGGCCAAUUUAAUGAGCCUCAACAUCGCAAUGGUGGAGACGAAACGCCCGCGAUCUUAUAGUGCCCCACCUAGGCGUAUGGAAACGGAUCAUUCCACGGGAUCUAUCGAUUUCAAGCCGCAAAGCAACCAGAGUGUGCGUUGGAAAUGUAAGAAAAUCUCCAAGGAGGCAAACAGUUUCGAUGAGGCGGGCUUAAAAGAUGCUAAGGAUCGUCAAAAGGCCCCCUUAAAAAACGCUCAAAAGCUGGCUGAGCAGUCACAGGUGGCUGAGCAACCACAACAAAAAGCAUCUGAGGUGGACACUAAGCCGAGGAAAACCGAUAAAAUUGUCAGGACCGUGAAUAAAUUGAAAAUAGGUUCCAUUACAAAUUCGAGCUCAGAAGAUAAGCCAGAUUGGCAAAAGAGUCUACAUAAACCGACAGAGGCUCCUAAAGAACCGAUCCCUAAAAAUUUGAAUUCCCUGGCUAAGUGGAAAAUAGGUUCCAGAUCUAUCCCUCGACUUGACAUUUAGUGCUUGGAUUGAAAUGUUCUCCAUAGUUUAAAUAUGAAAAGCAGAUUUCAAACCUCGUUUUGUUUUGUCGUAUUCCCAUUCUUUCAAACAUGUUAAGCAAACAUUACAUUUUGAGAUCCUCAUUUGACAAUUAAAUACUCUAUGACAAAUAAACUGAAA